AUGAGCGACGCCCUCAACAAAGCAGCACGCCGUCUGUCUAACCUUGCCAGCAGCAUCACGGGACUCAAUCUCAACAACAUGGCCGGACCAGACAUCCCAUUUAACCCUGAUGCCACCACCUUCCCACGGCGGAAAGACCUCCCUACCAUCCCUGGCGCCCCGACCGACUCUGCCUGGGUAUGGGGACCGAACGACAACCUCGGCCGUCUGAAUCUCCUCACCCCUUCACGCGUUGCCGCUGCAGCAAAGGAGUGCAUCAAGACCGGCGAAAUGGCCCGCCUGGAUCUACCGCUCGACGUCCCCGCCCAGCCAGCCUUCUCCCGCUGCAAGUUCAGCCACACCAUCAAGCCCAUUCACGAAGGCGUAGCCUAUGAUGAUGAGUACCAACUCAACACGCAGUCCGGCACACAAUGGGACGGCUUCCGCCACGUUGCCCACAUACCGACAGCGACCUUCUACAACGGCGGCAAAUACACCGACUUCCGUGCCGCAAAGGAAGGCGAAGCUACACCGGAGGACAACCUGAAGAACAGCAUCCACCACUGGUCCGAGCAUGGCUUCUCCGGCCGCGCCAUCCUGCUCGACUACCGCACCUACGCCACCUCAAAAGGCAUCAAGUACGACACUUCGACCUCCCACGCCAUCACUCUCUCAGAACUCCGCGCCUGCGGCGAAGCCCAAGGCAUCAACAUCCUCCCACAAUCCCAAGGCGGCGACAUCCGACCUGGCGACAUCCUCUUCCUCCGCACUGGCUGGACGGAAGACUACUACGCCCGCUCCGCCAGCGAGAACGAGAAAUUUGCCCUUCGUGAGGGCAAUGACCAGCACCUUGUCGGCGUAGAGCAGUCGGAAGAAAUGAUCGACUGGCUGCACGAUUGCUGGUUUGCGGCGGUGGGCGGGGAUCAUCCGGCAUGGGAGCGGUGGCCGACGCCGGAGAAGUACUUGUUGCAUGAGUAUCUGCUGGCGUUGUGGGGUGUGCCGAUCGGGGAAAUGUUGGAUCUGGAGAAGGCGAGUCAGAUCUGUAGGAAGGAGGGGAGGUGGUCGUUCUUCUUUGUGAGCAGUCCGGCGAAUUGUAAGGGUGGGGUUGGAAGUCAUGUCAACGGGACUGGUAUUUGGUGA